GGCGGGGAUUACAGACUUCGCGGCCAUGUUGAAAUUUCAGUGACAGUUACUCCUUAGGAAAUCUCUAAACUUAAAAAAACAUUGCGAAAAAUAUUCUUUCAGGAGUAUCUACAAAAGCGUAGCUUUCUUCUACGCGGCGCCCACUCGAUAUUUUUCCUCCCUCACAUGAAAAUCCUUGAUCCGGGAGAUGGAUCAGGAUGAAAGGCAGAGGAAAUUAGCGGCCGGACGAGCAAAGCUUGCUCACUUCAGACAGCGUCGGGCGAAAAGCGAAAGUUCGGGGACGCAGAAAAAGACGCAGAAGAGGAAGGGCCAGACUGUCCAGACGAAUGACCAGUCAGCACAAGAGCGCCACCUAGAGGAACUACACACUGACCACCAUCAUGUAGAGAUUAGCAAGGGGCUCUCGGAGGCAUCACUCACACAUUAUGAUGCAGACGGCAGUAUUACCGAGAUCCAUCAGUUCAGCAUGGAGACCAUUGAAGUUAAUGCCCAGGAAUUCAGCUCUUCCUCUUGGUCAGAGCUGCCUGAUCAAACAGACGGUGCACUUGCUGAAGUAACUGAAGUUGCACACAGUGGCAAAGAUCAACUGAAGCAAUUACAGACAGCGGUGGAAAAGCGUAAUGAGAUCAUUUCCCAGCUGAGUACGAACCUGCAGGUGGCACUGCAAAGCAGAGACCAGGUACAGCUAGAGGCACAGCAGCUCACGAGUCAGAUUCAGGCCCUACAACAGCAGCUGCAGCAGACUAAAGAAUAUCUGCGUAGUAAAAGUCUAGGAAGUGUGGAUUUGACCCAGACCCAGAGUCAUCUGCAUCUACAGUUGGAGGAGUCACAACAGACGACUAAAGAGCAACAGUGUCUCCUGGCCCAAAAGGAAACUGAGAUUACAGACCUACUGCAGAAACUUGCUGUCAUGGAGAGGUCCCUCUCUCACCUUCAACAUGCUUUUACUCAGAGAAAUAUUGAUCAAUCAGAACCAACCAAUGACCAACAUAGUGGUUUAGAUGUAAGCAGUGUGUUUCCAGAGAACAGUAUUCAUUUGAACUCUGAUGCUCUUUUGCAAAAGCUGAGAGCUGAACUGGAAGAAGAGCGCAACAACACCCGACAAGCUCAAGAACAAGUGGAUGCUUUUCAGGAGAGGAUACACGGUAUGGAGAACCAGAGGAUGGAGUUGGAAGCCAAUCUGGCUGAGGUUCAAGUACAGCUUAAGAUUGCUGAAGCUCAAGCCAGUGAGGCCCAGCAAUAUAAAGCAGAGAAAGAUCACCUGAACCAAGAGAUGGCCAAACUGGGCAACCUUGUUAAAGAGCUUCAGAAUCGCCUUCAGGAGGAAGAGGAAGCGGAGCACAAUUUACGCUCUAAAUAUGAAGCUGAUAUUUCCAAUUACGAUCUCAGGCUUCGGGCUCUGGAGGAGGAAAGGGAGUUAAAUGUUGCUCAGCUUAUUGAAGCUCACGAGACUGCCCUCAAGCGUCUACAGGAGGAGCACUUGGAAGAAAUCGGACGCGUUCAGGAGCUUCUACACCGGGUCCAACAGCAGCACGACUCUCCUCAACAAAGCCUAUCUGAGGUUGUCCAAAUAAACUGGAAUGAAAUCUGCAAAAAGCACUCCAAUGACGACCAUGCUGUCAAGAAAGACUAUAGUUUUGACAUUUCUACAAGUGGCUUUCAGGAUGUGCUUAUGGAGCGCUACUUGGCCUCUGAUGGGCCUCAAGAAAGCUCAUUAUUUGAAGAGAGUCUGGUCGAUGACUCUGAGACAUCUAAGUUUGAACUAGACAGUGAGGUCAUAUUUCAUGGAUCAGAUCUUCAUAUCGAUGUGACAUGCAAUGGUGACACAUCAGAGCCAGGACUGUCUGUUGUUCCUGAUACUGAAGAGAACAAACAUGGGGAAAUGUCCUUCACCGAUGCCCAUUGGGAAAACUCAACUUCAGUCAUUGAAGAGCUGAAUGAGAGCGCAGAUAAUGUGGAUUUGGCUAAAGAGCUUCUGAUUCAGCAAUGCAGAGACCUCUCUGAACAACUAGAAGAACAGGAACGACAGCUUGACGUACUUAAAGAAGAGGUUAAACAUUCUGCAGAAGAGGUCGAGGAGGCACGGGACCGCUGGAGCAAAGCGUCGGAGGAGCUUGAGGAAGCCAAAUGGGAGCUUGAGGUGGAACGGGAGAAAAGGAUUAAUUGCGAGGAGAUUAUCAGUCAGAAAGUGCAUGAGGAAGACAACCUCAAGAACCUACUGAGCCACAUACGAAGCCAACAACAGGUGCUGGUUCAGGACAAUGAACGGAUUAUAACUGACAAUGCGGAUGAUAAGAACUCUAUCGCUGCAUCUGUGGAGGAAUUGCUAAAGGAAAUGAGAGUGGAAAAUGCCCAACUGGUCCAAAAGCUUAAACAUCAGGAGGAGCUAGUGAAGGAUAUCCACAUACAGAAAGCAGCGGGUGACUCUGUGAGUAAUGAUGUUCAAACAGUGUUUGACAGGCAGCUGUCCACUCAAAGAGAUGAAUUUGUUUCUCAGCUAGAGGAACAAAAAGAAAAUAAUCAGUCUACCUCAGUGCUCCUUGGUCAAAAGAGCUUGCAGUUGGAGCAAGCAAAUAAGGAGCUUCAGCAGCUCAAAGCCGAUGUAGAGGAGAAGGUUGAAAAGUUGCAGGAAUCGGAAAAAGACAAGACAGAUCUUGAAUCUAAACUUGCGUGCCUUAAAGAGAACCUCUCGAACAUGGAGGAGGAGAAAGCUGCCCUGGAGAGAAGUCUUCAAGCUUUAGAGAAUCAAGCAAAGAGUAUGGAGAAGAUUUUGGAAUCAGAACUGAAGGACUUUGAGCACCAUCUUGAGGCUAAGGAUGCAGAGCUUAAAGAAGUCAAGGAAGCACAUGAGAAGGCAGAGGAAGAGUACAUGGAAAAGGAGCGUGCCUUACAGGAAGAGCUCCUAGCAGUCAAACACAAUCUGGAGGAUUGUCAGAAACAACAUGAGGACCAGCAGAAAAAACUGGAGGAGAAACACAACAGAGAAAUUGAAGAGUUGAAUUUGCGCUCUGAAAGGGAACUUACCAAGCUGCGUUCUCACCUUGAAGAAGAACAGAAGAAACAGAUCAGCUUGAUCAAACAGGUGCAUGAGCGAGAAAACGAGAGGGAGUUGACCCAGCUGGCAGAUCAACAGAGUGAGGAAAUCGAGAGACUCAAGGAUGAGAUCUCCAGAGAGCUGCGAGAUGGCCUGGAGGCUGCACAUCAGGCUGAGCUCCUUCAAACACAAAGCCACCACAAUCUGGAGUUUGAAGCCUUGCGACUGAGCCUGACUAACUUGCAUGAAGCUCAGCUGGAGCAUGUACAAGACAACAUGCAAAAAGAGAAGGAGGCGGCCCUCAUUGAGCUGCAGACCGCGUUGCGGGAGAAAUGGUCGCAGGAGAGCGCCAUGCUGCAGACGCGGCAGCAGUUUGAGCUGGAAAGACUCUGGGAGCAGAGUCGAGAGCAGGAGGAACGAAUCCAGCGGCUGCACCAGCAGGAGAUCGGUAAUCUAAAUGAGGAGUGGGAGAGGAGAGUUUUGAAAGAGAGGAAUUCUGUGGACCAGUUGCAGGCCAGUAAACUGGAGGAUCUAAAAGCUGAGGCUGAAAAAGCUAAAACUGAUCUCCAGGGUCAGUUAAGUAAUGCCUAUCAGAACCUAAGCAAGACCCAAAUGGACCUCAGUGAGGCUCAGGCUUUACUGGCUGAGACGCAACAUAGACUAGAAGAGCUGAAGCGUUCCAGAGACGAGGACGUGAAGAAUCUAGAGGAAGAACUCAAGCAAGCCUUGGCUGACAGAGAUGCUGCUGCUCGUGCAGUUGAGGAGCUGGUGGCAUGUCACAAGGUGGCGCUCCAAGAGCAAAAGGACCGUGCCCGAGCCUUAGAAGAGAGAGAAAAAGAGCUAAAGCAAGAGGUUGAGCGUCUUCAGUCGGAAAGGGAUGAACAGAAGGCCAGCUUAGAACAGGAGAUCUCAAACCUCUGGUCGCAGCUGGAGUGCAUGCGAACCAACAGACAAGAGCUUGGAGAGCUGAAGGAGCAGUUGCUAGCACGGUCAUCGCGAGUUGAUGACAUUGAGCGGUUAAAACAGGAGUUUGCUCAGCAGCGGCAGGAAAUCAAAGAACAAAACGAAUCCGAGCUCGAAAACCUGCGCACCUACUUCGAACAGAGACUCCGGGCCACUGAAGAGAGCCAUCGUGAGGAGAUCGCACUGCUGCAGCUCCGCCUCGUACAGGAAGCUCUGGAGGACUCGGUGCUCAAGACUGGGGAUGCAAGCCUCUCUGAAGAUAAUGAUGAGAGGAGUGAUGCUAUGGCAGAAAUCACACAACAGCUGGAGAAACACAAGGAGGAGCUGGACUCUCUACGGCUAAAGUUGGAGGAUAGACACCAGCAGGAACUCCAGCAUCUGAGGUCCACCAUGGCCCUUGCUUACAAGGAAGACUUGUUGCAGGCUCGCACGGAGCUCACUGACCGAUACUACAAAGACAUCGACCAGCUCAACACUAAACACGCACAUGAACUGGAGCAGCUCCGAGCCAAACUCUCAGAUAAUCACAUCAAAGAAAUAACCAAGUUACGACUACAGUCAACACACGAAGUGGCUAAACAGGUGGAGGAGAGGACUCAACAGCAUCAGGUCACUGUGAUCCAGCUGGAGAGCCAGCUGUCUCUAAAGCACUUGCAGGAUCUGGAAACAACCUCUGAACAACACCGAGAGAGGCUCAGACAGAUGGAGGAGACCCAUCAGAAAGAUCUUGAGAAGGCACAAACAGCAGAGAGGAGUCUUGUGACUGAGGAAUUCACCCAAAAGAGCGCUGCAGAGCAGGCCCGGCUUAAGGAGCAGCUCCAGGCCCAAGCUGAUGAGCAUCUGGCUGUCCAGACGGAAGAGCUUAGGAGAGCCGCCCAGGAAGAAAGAAUAAAGCUGGAGCAAAAGCUUGAAGAGGUACAGAAGCUCCUUGAAUCAGAAAGGGAGAGGCUUCAAGCACUGCAGAUGAGUCUAGAUUGUGAGGAAAACCCUCAGCUGAUGGCACUGAAGCAGAAACUUCAGGCGCAGUACGACAGAGAGAUGAGCACUGCAAAGAUCGCCAUGGCAGCAGAGGUGAAGGAGUUAAACGCGCUACUUCAGGAUCAGACAGAGAGCAAGCUACAGGAUGCCCUCUGCAGGCACCUAGAAGAGAAAAAGCAACUGGAAGAGAAGUUGAGCCAUCAAAGAGAUGCAAUGCUGGAUCAACAGAAAGAAAAGCAUGCCGUGGAGAUACAGGCCCAGAAGGCUCUUUUGGACCAGUAUGCUUCUCAGUUAGAGCAUCUAAAAGUGGAGUGUCAGGAACUUAAAGUACACCACCAAGAGGAACUGGAAUCCCUAAGGAUCAAUCACAAAAAAUCCCUGGAGAACAUAGAGAUGGAGCUUACAAAGAAACACAAGGCGGAGCUCGACAAACUGGAUGCUGUAUUUCAGGAGACCAACCUGGCACAGCUCGAAGCUCAAGAGGCGGAGCUUAAGGCACAACACAAACAAGAGAAGGAGGAGCUUGAGGAACGAUUGUUGUCAAACAUGGAUACACUAGAGAACACUUACCUGAAAGAGAUCCAGGCCGUACGGGAUGAGAAGGAGGGAGAACUGCGUGAACUUCGGGCCUUGCUAGAACAACGCUUUACUGGAGAGAUUGAAAGGGUGAGGAGAGAAGAGCAAACCAUCAGAGAGGAGCUCAGAAGUGAGCUAGCAAAGGUCCAUAUGGAUAAGUUCACGGCAAUGGCGAUGGAACUACGGCAAGCUCAUCAGGAGGAGAUGUCCGAAGUGCUCUCUUCCCAGAGGUCAGCUCUGGAGAAUGAGCAUCAUUGUGCUCUGGAAACCCUUCAGCAGCAGGUAGUUGCUCUUGAGAAUCAACAUAGCGCCGCCCUGUUGGAGAUUACUAAUAUUGCCACUGAAGAAAAACUAAGGCAACAGCAACAAAUGGACGCGCUGGUCACUCAGCAUCAGCAACAGCUUCAGGAGUUGAGGGAAGUAUCCACCAGGGAGCUGGAAGCUCUGCGGAGGGAGUUGGAGGAACAGGCGUCAAGGCAACGACUCCAAUCUCAGGAUGAGGCAGAGCUUCUUAAGUGUCAAUCUGUAGCACAGCUACAACAGAAAAUUGCCCAGUUAAAGGGUGAGUUGGAAAAAGAGAAGGCUGUUGCUAUUGAGGAGCUGAACAAAACUUUAAAACAGCAGCAUGAACAAACUGAACUCGCCUACAGAGAGAAGAUGAGUGAACUCACAGCACAACUACAGCAACUGGAAACUGUAGUGUCACAGCUGCGUGCGGAGGUCAGUGGGCUGCAGGUGGAGCUGGAGGGCAAGCGUGCAGAGAUGGACACGCUGGAAACGCUUCUGCAGCGCAGAGACCGGGAGAACCAGGAGGGAGACAAUCUGCUGGCCAUGCUUCGAACAGAUCUUAACACAGCCACACAGCAAAGACAAGACCUGCAAACAGCACGUGACAAACUCCAAAGGAUGCUGAUCGAGAUGCUUCGAAUAACUAUUGCAACCGAGGAGCAUGUCAACCGCAAGUUAGGGGUUUGUGUAUCACAUGGCCGCUCUGGUGAUGAUACGCCCAACUCUAGGACAGCCAAGACUAGCAGUAAUCCACAUGAAUCUGGAGAUGUGACUGGUGUGGAGGGAGAUCCUGAUUGCAGUGUGUGGUCUUCAGCAGUGGAUGAAGGUCUGGAGUUAUCUCAGAGGCUUUGUGAGAGUAUGUUCUCCGGGCCCGAGGGAGAGAUGGAGGCAGAAGGUGAAGAGCUCAUGCUAGGAGCCUGCACACGAUUGCGCACCGCUGUGGAUAAACUACUGGAGCUGGUAUCCGAAUCUUCACAGCAGUUGGAGCAGAUGUGUGGUCUGCAGGCUGCGCUGGAUGAGCGAUUCAGAGACGGAGGUGAGGCCAGAGAAUCUCUUCUUCUCCAGAACACUCAGCUCCUGGAGCAGCUUGACCAUGAGUCCAGUUUAAAGAGCCAACUCCAGCUGGAGCUCCACAAGGCAGAAGGUUUGAUGGAAGGUUAUGUAGCAGAGAAGGCCAUUCUGGAGGAGGCACUUCAGCAGAAGGAGACGCAGCAGCAACGCCUAGCAGAGGAGCUGGAGGGUACCAGGAUCCAGCUGGAACAGCUCAGCGAGAAUCACUCCCUCUUAUUGCGUCAGAGAGAAGCCCUUGCGGCCGGCCUCGGAGAUACAGAGAAGGGCUUCCUCGAUGCAGAGGAAGAGCCAGCUCUGCUGGCAGAGGCCGAACGUCUGGGGCAGGAGUGCGUGGAGGUGCAGCGUCAGGCGGAGAAGGACUGCGGUGGGAUGUCGUCCCGUCUGAGGAUGCUUGAGCAAGCCCUGGAGGAGCAGGAGAGCCACACUCACCAGCUGGAGGAGCAGCACCGCUUGCAGACCGAAGACCUGCAGCAGCAUAUUGAUGCUCUGGAGAAACAAAUCAAACAUAACCGCCAGUUCAUAGAUGAACAAGCGGUAGAACGGGAGCAUGAGAGAGAUGAAUUUCAGCAGGAAAUCAAGAAUCUGGAGGCUCAGCUGAGACAGCCAUCUAAAGGUCAUGCUGGAGACCGCAAAGGUCAAAGGAUUGAGGACUUGGUACUUCAGGUGGAGAGUCUUCAGGCUCUUAUCAGAGAUAAGAUGGAAGACUACAGCGUGCUUCUGGCGGCUAAGGAGCAGUGUCAGCUCGACGUAGAGGAGCGCAACGAGGAAAUCGAAAAACUGGCGACUCAUAUCCGUGAGCUGGAGCAGGCUUUGCUGAGCAGUGCAGAGGCCAGCCGGACCGUCACGCAGCUGGAACAAGAACUCCAGAAAGCACGCAAGAGCAUUCAGGAGCUCACAGAGGAUAAAGAAGCUUUGCAGCAGCAACAGUAUGCUUAUAAGCUGCAGAUCUCUGCCCUGCAGUCUAAACUGGAUGAGACCAGACACCGCUUCCCUGAUGUGACCCAUGACUCUAACCUCCAAGAGCAGCUGGAAGCCACACAGCAAGAUCUGCAGACCAAAGAACAACAGCUGGAAUUGCUGUCAGAUCGUGUAGGGGAGCUUGAGAAAGAUGUAGAUGUGAGAGUGGAAGAAAUCAGACAGCUCACACUACAACUUGAGCUGAAAAGCAGAGAGAGCAGAGCUACAGAAGAUCAACUUCACGCUCGCAUUACACAAUUGCAGGAGACGGUGGAAGCACUGACUAGACGGCUAGAGGAGGGCAGCGAUGACUCGAUCCUUCAGCUGCCUUCAGCCCUCCUGGAGGAGAAAAAUCUGGAGAUCGACAACUUAAACCAGCAGAUCCUCCAGCUACAGCAGGAGCUCGACUUGACCAGCGAUAAUAAGAUUCUAGAGGAAAAACAGACCGAGAUCGACGAGCUGCGCUCUCUGGUUGAACGUCUUCGCUGCGACCAGGAGCGUUUGCGACAUGGCAAGGAAGAGGAGGUGGAGCAGCUCCACGAGGUCAUCAACAAGCUUCAAGAGGAGUUAAGCCAGCUUGAUCCUAACCACCAUGAAGUCAGCGACCCCAACACCGAUAGCCCAGAGUCCUCCGAUUUCCCAUGGUCCCCUCAUCCUUGCCAGCAGAGGGCGUCAGAAGAAAGCCUAUGUCAGGAACUUAACAGCCAAACUCUGCAGUCAUCUCGUGCUCGCUUGAAGGAGUUACAGAUCGAGCUUGAGCAUGCUGCUGGAGAGAGGGAGGCUCUUCAGAGACUACUGCUUUCACAGGAGGAACAAUAUGGAGGUCAAGUGGAGGCACUCGGCCGGAGUCUCGGAGAGGAAAGGGAGAAGGUGACCAUGCUGGAACAGGAGGCUGAAAACCUGAAACUCCAACUAGAGGAGAAACUUGCAGAAGUUGAGAGGUUGACCGGCCGUGUGGCAGAGUUGGAAAAUAAAGAGCAGUCUCACCAGACCAGUCUAAAACAGUCUGAGCUCCAGCUAAGAACGGCAGAGGAGAAAAUGGAGGAGGUGCAGAGGGAGCUUAGCAUGCUUCAGGAGGAGGUGGAGAGACAGAGAGUCGAAAAGGAGCAGCUGGAAAGCCACUUCUCCAAGCUCCAGUACGAAGAGGAGGAGCGGCAGAAUGAGCUCACUGCUUUACAGUCAAAACAUGAAGAACUUGAGGAGCAGGUCCAAGCAGGCAGAGCUGACAUCAUUGCAUUGGAGGCAGGGAAAAGAGAACUGUCCAUGGAAAGAGAGGCUUUGAGGAAAAGGGAGAGAUGUCUUCAGGAGGAAAUAGAGCUUAUGAAGCAGGAAGUGACAUUAAAGACAAACUUCAUAGCACAGCUGCAAGAGCAACAAGAGGAGACUGUGGCAAGACAAGGGGAAGCUCAGAAAGAAGUGCUGACAUGUGCUGAAGAGACCCUGGCCAAGGCGGAGACUGCUCUGCGUGAGAGAGAACAACAGCUGAUCCACCUGAGGGCGGAGCAUGAUGCUCUGAGGGCGGAGCUAGCUGCCGUAAAGGAAGGCCUUAGCACCAGCACAGAGAGGGCAGAGAAGCUACGGGAAGAGGGACAGACCAAAGAUCGUGCUUUGGCUGAUCUGGAGGUCCAUAACCAACAUCUGAAGGCAGAGCUGCGAAAUCUGCAGGACGACCUGGCCGUGCAGGAGGAGGAGUUAGCCUACCAGCAGAGGGAGCUAGAGCAGCUCCAACAGCGCUGUAGUUUGCAGGACCACCAUCCCAAACAAGACCACCAGUUCCUGGACGGCCUUUCCCGUGACCCAUCUGCCUCCCUCUUCUCCCCAGAGGUGUUGCGGAGACUGGAAUACAGCGAAGAGCAUCCCUCUCGUCUGCAUGUGUCUCACCUUUCGGAGCUCAGCACGCUACGCAACGCCAGCCUGGAGAUCCACAGCAAACAUUCACCCAUGGAACGGGACCGAGAGAUGCCACACGGCAGACAAUCAUUUGUCCCACCUGCAAAGAUGGACCCACCCAGCACACACUCUCCAUCCCCGUGCUCGCUCACGGGGUCUGAACACCUGUCUGCGCUUGACUCGAUAGAUGCAGAUAAGGUUGAUGAUUUGGAGAAUUUGGAUGGUACUCUUUCACGGUCUCCAGUUUGUUCCACAUCUCCUGUGUCUGUGCCGGAGUGGGUCAGCGAUGGAUACGGCAGCAAUGUGAGCUCCGAGUUGGAGGCCAUGCUGAAGCAUGAGUUGGAGAAUACUGAGCGUUUGGAUGCUCAUUUCGUGGAGUAUCUGCGCUGUAGAGGAAUGUCACCUGCCGACAUGACUGAUAGCGCUGCGGGAAGCAUGCAUGAGAGUCAUGAGCGCCUCGCACCUGAGCUGCAGGCCAUGUUAAAGCGUGUCUACCAGGAGAGCUGCAGAAUCUUGUCCUUGUCACAUCGCCCCACCCCAUCUGGACAGUCCCGCCCAGAUUCUGAACCUGCCCCACCCCCCUCCUGGCAGAGGGAGAGGCGGGCUUUACAGGAGACCAUCCUGUCACUCAGAGAACUGCUGUGCAGGAUGGCUGACAGGGAACCUAUACCUGACAGUGGAGACGUGGACUGGAAGCGUGAGCUGUUGCAGGCGGUCCGUAGCGUGUUCGACAGCGAAAGGGAAUGGCUUCACUUGGAGCUUCAGGCUGUCAUGGCUACCAUGACUCAGAUAGACCACACCCCUUUGCUUGACCAGUUACAGAAACUGUUUCAGAAACAGGAGGAGCAGCAAAAGAGGUCUCUAGAGCAGUUGUUCAGUGCAGACCGCCACAGUCUAUUGGCUGAGGUGCGCAGCCUGCAUGAGCAGCUGCAUGCGAGCACCCAUCACAGCAAAGAACAGCUGCAGAGGCUGCAGGAUUCCCUGCACAGUGCAAAAGAACAGGGCACGCAAACACAACGGCAGCUGCAUAUAGAAAUUGAAGAGCUGGAGAUGCAGCUGCAGAAGGAACGAAUGAUGUCACAUGAGCUGCGCUCCUCUCUAGAUGCGGAGAAGAGUCGGGCGGUGGAGCAGCUGAGGCAGCUAGAGGCGGAGCUUAAGAUGUUCUCAGAGCUGAAGGCGGAGCUUGAGGAGACUAGACAGCAGUUGCAGUCAGCAUCCAUAAAUCAAGAGGAACUAAAGAGCCAGAUUAACAAACUCGGGAUGAAGCUGGAAAGCGUGGAGGCUGAACGUCAGGGCUGUUUAAAGGCAGUGGAAAAGGAGCAGAUCAAAGUUCAGGAACUGCAGGAGGAACUUCAACAGCAAAGACUCAAUGACCAGCAGACAAUUGAGCGAAACCACCAAACACAGGAGUCUUUGCGUCUGACUUUGAACGAACAAGCAUCACAGCUCAGUCAGCUUAACUCCGCUCUGGACCAGGAGCAUGUCACAGUCAGCAACCUGCGCUCGGAGCUCCAGAUUGAGCAGUCUCGAUGUGAGGCCUUGAUAGCCCAGGAGCGCGAACGCACCGAACUCGCCCUCUCCCGUCUGGAGGAAGAACGUUCUCGGUCGUCCGAGCUCUCUGAUACGCUUUCCCGUCAAGCCCAGGAGCAUGUGCGCCGUUUAGAGGAGGAAGCCCGCCGGCAAGAAGCAGUCAGUGCCCAUGACAGAAAGUUCAUUCAGGACCUACGUAUGCAGUUGGAACAGGAGAGGCGUCAGGGUGAGGACCUGGCGGCCAUGUUGGAACGUCUGCAAGGCCAGGUUCUGGAGGGGAAGCGCAGGCAAGCGGAGGAGGUGGAGCAGGAGGCGCGCAAGGAGCAGGAAGAUGCAACAAGGCUCCGCGCUGCUCUGGAGGGCCUACAAGCUCAGAAAACUGAGGUUGGGCGUACCCUGGAGGCGGAGCGGGAAAGAGCAAGACGUUUACAAAUGGAGUUAGAUGGGAUGAAGGAGAAAAUGAAAGCAGUGAAGGAGAGGGAGAGGGUGAGGGAGGAGCAGAUGGAGCGGCAAAGGAGGAAGGAGAAGCAGGAGCAGGUGGAACAGGAGCGACGACAUGAACACACAAACGAGAAAAUGUUGCAGCUUGAACUGUUGCGUCAGAAAGAUCAGCAGAAAUUGAAGCAGCUCCAGCAAACGCUGGCUGACCUGAAGCAGGAGGAGAAACAGCUCACAUCAGAACGCUUAAAGAGAGACACACUGCAGAGUAACACGCACACAAACACACAGGACUCUACCUCAUCAUCUUCCUCUCUAAUUGAACGAUUGCUGAAGGAGAACUCUGAGUUUUCUGAGUGUCUCGCUGGUCUCAGCGAGGAGAAGAUCUCUCUCAAGCACACUAUCUCCUGUCUGGAGAAAGAACUGCUAAACUUGAAACGCUCUGAGCAGGAGAGGUCUGCUGCUCACACAGAGCAGUGUAUUGUAACCGAGAAAAUGGCCUGGCAGAAGGAGAAAGCAGCUCUCCAGACUGCAUUACGAAAGGCAGAAGCUGAUUUGUCAAGGAUCACCGCAGGCAAUGAAAACCGACCUGUUUUGGAUCUCUCGAACAGCAAGGUUCAGCGGCUCUAUGAGAGAUACCUGCGAGCAGAGAGUUACAGGAAGUCGCUGGUGUAUCAGAAGCGUUAUCUGCUCCUGCUGCUGGGAGGAUUCCAAGACUGCGAGCAGGCUACACUCGCGCUGAUCGCUCGUAUGGGCGCGCAACCGUCACUGAGCCAAACACAGGUCUCCAGACCCCUAAACCGCUUUAGAACAUCCGUCAGAGUCGUCAUCGCUAUCUCAAGACUAAAGUUCCUUACCAGGAAAUGGCAGAAAGCUACAAGAAAAGUCUCAAUAGGCACUACUACAGUUAAUGGACAUGGAGCAAGACAGAGCACAGCUCCUGUUUUGAGGACUGAAGUGCUGAAACCACAGCAGACUGCAGCCGCAUUUAAAUCUCCUCCCACCCGUGAUCAUGCUUUCACCCAACGGGGUGUGGUCUCAUCUCUGGUUCCACCAAUCAAAUCACCCUUCAGAUUGAAUAAUAGAAUGUACCCAGGUCCUGUACUGGGACCGUCUGACCGCUCCUUCGGUUCGUCGCAAGAUCAGGAACGCUCUCUGACCGAGUAUAUCCAUCAUCUGGAGAAUGUACAGCAGCGUCUGGGAGCUGUUUGUCCAGGUGCACCAUCGGCUCUCCCUUAUUCCAGGAAGUCUGACAGAUGAAUCAACCAUAUCAUUGGUGCCAGUUGAUUUUAAAUUAUUUUGAGUGUUGUCAUGCUUUGUCAUUUUAGUUGAAACGACUGAAAUAACGCCUAUUUUUUGUAACAAACGUGUUUCAUUUUGAAUGAUCUGUAAAUGUUCACAGUGUAUAUUUUUACAUAUGUUGUCCACAUUUUAUUAAGACAUUUGCACUUUGAUUAAUGUCACUGUUUAAAUGCACAUGUUUGGACAAGUUUUGUAAAGGGUUUUAUAUUCGGAUUUUUAUGAUCAGUAUUUCUAUAGAAGUCAAUAAAUAUUUUAAUCUAG